AUGGCAGAAAGCUUUGCAGAAUGUAGCAAAGAAACAUUGUUACCCACUAAAGGAUAUUCAGACAACAGGCGAUUUGGUGGCCAUGAAGGUUAUUUGCAAAGGUUUUUUCAUUCUAUCUGUGAUAGAUUUGCCAAAUCUUGUAGUGGGUUUCAACAAAAUGCUCUCAAGGCAUAUGAAAUGGGUCGGUCUGAUCCAAGAAAAGUGGUGUUUGCAGCUAAAAUGGGUCUUACCCUCUCCUUUGUUUCACUUCUCAUUUUCUUCAGAGAACCAUUGAAUUAUAUUGGUCAAUACUCUAUAUGGGCUAUCCUCACUGUUGUUGUAGUCUUUGAAUUCAGCAUAGGGGCUACGCUAAAUAAAGGAUUUAAUCGAGCACUUGGGACGUUAUCCGCUGGAGCACUAGCUUUGGGCAUUGCUGAAUUGUCAGAGUUGGUUGGACAAUUGCAAGAAGUUGUAAUUGUUAUCAGCAUCUUUAUUGCAGGAUUUUGUGCAACUUAUUUGAAGUUGUACCCUCCAAUGAAGUCUUAUGAAUAUGGAUUCCGGGUUUUCUUGUUGACCUUCUGUAUUGUAUUGGUUUCGGGAAGUUCAAAUUUUGUUCAAACAGCCGUUUCUAGAUUGCUGUUAAUUGCAGUUGGAGCUGGUGUUUGUUUACUUGUAAAUAUAUGUGUUUACCCUAUAUGGGCUGGUGAGGAUUUGCACAAAUUGGUGGUGAAAAAUUUUAAGGGAGUUGCAAAUUCUUUGGAAGGUUGUGUCAAUAUGUAUUUGCAAUCUAUUGAAUAUACUAGGAUACCGUCAAAAAUUCUUCUCUAUCAAGCUUCGGAUGAUCCUCUAUAUAGUGGAUAUAGAGCCGUAUUGGAAUCUACAAGCCAAGAGGAUUCUCUGCUUGGUUUUGCAGAAUGGGAGCCACCUCAUGGCCCUUACAAAAUGUUCAAUUAUCCUUGGAGUGCAUAUGUUAAAGCUAGUGGUGCUCUUAGGCAUUGUACAUUCAUGGUUAUGGCAAUGCAUGGGAGUAUACUUUCAGAGAUACAGGCAUCAUCUGAAUUAAGGCAGGUUUUUAAGAAUGAGAUUCGUAGGGUAGGGAACGAAGGAGCUAAAGUGUUACAUCUACUAGGAGAGAAAGUAGAAAGGAUGGAAAAACUAGGCCCUGGAGACCUGCUUCAGGAGGUUCAUAAAGCUGCAGAAGAUCUGCAAAUGAUGAUUGACCAAAAAUCUUAUCUUUUGGUCAGUCCAGAGAGAUGGGAAAGUGGAAAUCGACCCGAUAAAUUGGAGGAUCCCGAACACAUUCAAGAACUAAUGGAUGAUGAACAGCAACCUUUUGUCGUAAAUUCUCCAAUUGAAGCAACUCUUAACCUGAAAUCAACUCAGACAUUGAGAGACUUUGAUCCUCAGGACCCGAACAUGAGCAGUAAUCUCCUUGUUCCCCAGUGUGGUUCUGGAGAAAAUGUGCUCAAACAUCAGACAAUGUGGCCUUCACGACUCUCAUUGAUAGGUGAUAACAUUCUCAAUGAACGUGAACUACGGACAUAUGAAAGUGCAAGUGCAUUAUCACUGGCAACAUUUACUUCUUUGUUGAUAGAGUUUGUUGCUAGGCUUCAGAAUCUCGUAAACUCAUUUGAAGAACUCAGUGAGAAGGCGAAAUUCAAGGAUCCUGUACACUUGAUUGAUACACCGGGUUUUAGUUUCUGGAAAAGGUUGUUCAAUCUCAUAUUCUGCAAGGACUGA